CACCAGCCGGGAGCGGAAGGCGGUGUUUCGCAGCUCACUGCUCCUGCAGCUGGUCAUUCCAGCCUCUUGGGACUUUGGCUCGUCUUACCUGCCUAACGCCUGGCAAGGGCUGUCCGGCGAUGCAGCUCGGCCACUCUCCACGAGGAACUUAGCCCGUCACGCCUGCCACGCGGAUGGAACCACCGGAAUGCUCUAAAGUCCCCAGUGAAUAUUGAAUUGCUGAGAAAUUUGGGAAAAGACAAGCUGAAGUUUCCGUUCCAUGGAUCCCUUGGGUGCACCUUCCCAGUUUGUGGAUGUGGAUACACUGCCAAGCUGGGGCAACUCUUGUGAAGAUCAGUUAAAUGCUUCUGCGAUUGCAGCUGAAACAUACCAGGAAGAGACUAUUAGAUCACCUUUUCUUUAUAAUAAGGAUAUCAAUGGAAAAGUAGUUCUUUGGAAAGGAGAUGUGGCAUUACUGAACUGCACAGCUAUUGUGAAUACCAGCAAUGAAAGUCUUACGGAUAAGAAUCCUGUGUCAGAAAGUAUCUUCAUGCUUGCAGGGCCUGAUUUGAAGGAGGACCUCCAGAAACUUAGAGGUUGCCGGACUGGUGAAGCAAAAUUAACCAAAGGAUUUAAUCUAGCUGCCCGGUUCAUCAUUCAUACGGUGGGACCUAAAUACAAGAGCCGCUAUCGCACUGCCGCUGAGAGUUCCCUGUACAGCUGCUACAGGAACGUACUCCAGCUGGCAAAAGAGCAGUCCAUGUCUUCUGUUGGAUUCUGUGUCAUCAACUCUGCAAAACGGGGUUACCCUUUAGAGGAUGCAACACACAUAGCUCUUCGCACUGUAAGGAGAUUCCUCGAAAUUCAUGGAGAGACUCUUGAAAAAGUAGUAUUUGCUGUCUCUGAACUAGAAGAGGCUACUUACCAAAAGCUGCUACCUCUGUACUUCCCAAGGUCACUGAAGGAGGAGAGCCGUUCGUUGCCAUACCUACCUGCAGAUAUUGGCAACGCAGAAGGGGAGCCUGUGGUACCUGAACGGCAGAUUAGAAUAAGUGAAAAACCUGGCGCCCCAGAGGAUAACCAGGAAGAAGAGGAUGAAGGCUUGGGAGUUGAUCUCUCUUUCAUUGGCUCUCAUGCUUUUGCCCGAAUGGAAGGAGAUAUUGACAAGCAAAGAAGACUGAUCCUUCAGGGGCAGUUAUCAGAGGCAGCUCUACAGAAGCAGCAUCAGAGAAAUUAUAAUCGCUGGUUGUGUCAAGCAAGAUCUGAGGAUCUAUCUGAUAUUGCUUCUCUAAAAGCCUUAUACCAAACAGGUGUGGAUAACUGUGGUCGCACGGUGAUGGUGGUAGUUGGAAGAAACAUUCCUGUAACAUUAAUAGACAUGGACAAGGCUCUCUUAUAUUUCAUCCACGUAAUGGACCACAUUGCUGUGAAGGAAUAUGUGUUAGUGUAUUUCCACACCCUGACCAGCGAGUACAACCACCUGGACUCAGACUUCCUGAAGAAACUCUAUGAUGUCGUCGAUGUCAAGUACAAGAGGAAUUUGAAAGCUGUUUAUUUUGUUCAUCCAACAUUUCGUUCAAAGGUAUCAACAUGGUUUUUUACCACCUUUUCUGUCUCAGGACUGAAGGACAAAAUCCACCAUGUGGACAGCCUCCACCAGCUGUUUUCUGCCAUCUCUCCAGAACAGAUCGACUUUCCUCCUUUCGUCCUUGAAUAUGAUGCCAGGGAAAAUGGACCUUACUAUACGUCUUAUCUUCCAUCACCAGAUUUGUGACCUGCUGUCAUUCCGUGCUCCUGGUUUCUAAAGACUCCACUUUUCUCUGCAGAUCCACUACCUGUUGAAGCGAUCCUCAUUUUUGCUGUACAGCUCCAGAGAGCCUUUUGUCCCCCACCUCUCUGGUAUUUUUUUAUUGACUGUAUAUUUUCUGGCACAUAGGCAAUCUGAAAAUGGUAGGCCAUUCUGAACUGUAUACUUAUUUUAAAUUUGUAUAUUUGUAUCAAAUGAAAAUGUUCACUUUUAGAGGAUUGUUGAUAGCAAUUGGGGAGCAACUUCUGAGUAUCUUUAGUUUCCUGGAAGGGCACUGGAUUCUCCAUUAGACAAGCUGCAAUAUCAUUCACAUCAUCCCUCUCACGUUGCACGCCUUCUGUGUGUAUGCAAGUGUUUCUCAAAAUAUAUAGAACCAAUGAAUGCUGACUGGAUGCAUUGUUUGCUUCAGAUCCUGGCAUUACGUUUUAUUAAAGAUAAUUUGCUGAGGAUAAAAGAGAAUCAUCUGGGAUCAGAGAUGUAGAAAAAAAGUGUCUGAUCAAAAUGUCAGAAAUCGUUAGCAAGAUACAGGUAUUAGAAUUUUACUGUACCAGUUAAGACGAAGACUUAAGGACUAAAGUUCCUGAGCUUGUAUGAUUUAAGAUUGUCCCUGUUACGGUCUCAACAGUGGAGGAAAAACAAGAAGACUGUUCCUUCAGCCUUUUCCUACCACCAGAGGUGGUUUGGGCUCCAUAUUCAACAGGACAGCACAUAUUAGUAAUCUUAGUAGAGGGUAUCUCUUGAGACACCGUCAGGGAACUUUAGAGAGAGUGCUGCUUUCCCAGAGUUGUGAAUGAUUCUAUUUGGCUCUCAGGCCUACUUCCUCUGCGGACAUUUCCUAGCCGUGUGUCUUGAGUUGCCUACGUCAAUAUGAAGGAAGUGUGUUGACAUGAACAAAACGCCAGACCACUUUUGCAACUCAGGCUCUAUUUGUGCCUUAGCUUGACUAAAAAUUAGAAUAAUGCUAGCUACCUCACAGAGGUAUCAUGAGGAUAGCAUUCAGAAGGGCUUUUGAUAUCUUUGGAUGAAAAAUGCUGUGCGGUGGGGUGUCUUCAGUUAGUUUUUCAAUAAUAAAUAAAUAUCCUCGAGGGAGUGCUACAGGACACUCUGCUUGUCCUUGGCACAUUUUGAGUGACUUCCCUUUCCUUGGAACAAGAGUUAGUGCAGAAUCCCAACCCUUAGAAUCCCCUCCUAUUUUGUCCAGGUGUCUUCUGGCCUACUCCUUCUCCAGUGCUACACUUUAGCGAGAGGCAUGUGUUAGCCAUUUUAAAUGUUACUUCUUGAAUGAAGGUCACACCGACAUCAUUUCCAUCUGGGUUUCUUCAUACUCCUUUUAAUUCCUGCAUUCCCCAUCCCCCACCCCAUCAUGUACACUGGCGGUUCGGAGAAGAAAAAUUAGAAUUCUUCUAAUGUGCUCAGGAUUGAUGCUUCCAAGGGUCCCACUCCCUUAGGUCCAAAUUAGUUCUUCAGUGGAGAUAAAAGAAACAUCGUUUUUCAUUUAUGAUAGAGAAAUGCCCCUGUAGUUGUGUUAACCCCAUCCUCUGUUUUCCUGCAUAAACAAGAAGGGCCUUUACAUUUCUCAGAAAACCAGUCUUAUCUUUUGCAUGUAAUGGACACAUCUGCUUUCUGCCAGUAAUCAAAACCACUUGUUUCUCGCAUAUGCUUGUUUGUUAAGGACUUCCUGUUAUGUUCCCUAGGUCAUCAGGUCUAGACAGCCAGUCAGAUGUCUGGUAUUAACCUUCAUCUCAAACAGUACUACUUCAAUCCUUAGAGCCUUGACUUUUAAAAAUCUGAAAAAUUAGCUUAAUCUUCUCCAGUCAAUUCUUAGAUCAUAUUUGAGGUGGCAUUUCACUAGGACCAGUUGUAAAAAUACACCAGCUUUUCUCUGUUAUAGCUGGACUUGGCUACCUCACGUUGGCAUCUGGCCUGAAUCAUUUCCUUAGAGGGUUCAAGCUACUUUGCUGUUUGGAAAGAACCAAAUUUUACAAUUUCUUAUAGGCAGUAAUUUAUAAAAGAUGUCCCUUUGCAAUAUUCACAGCAAUAUAUUAAUGAUUAAUAGCAAGCAAGAAUGUUCAAAUGAUGUCCUAGAAUUAAAGAUGGUAUGGGGCUAUAUACAUGUCAACUGCAUCUAAUAAUUUAAUAAUGACUAAAGAUAAGAUUGCUCUUCUCAGUGAAACUGAAUCUGGUAUUGGACCAAGUUCAUGCUUUUAUAUAGCUGUCUGAAAUGUUGUGUAGUGAAGUUCUUUCAGUGUACUCAAUCCUAAGAGGGGAGCAUAGUGACCUUGAUGUUGAAAUGAUGAAGUAACUUUCAGGGUACCUGCCUAGGUGACACAUACCCCUUUCAAGGAUACACACAUUAGAGAAUAAAUGGGUGGAGAUGACCCCUAGCGUCUGAUAUUAAUUCAAAGCAUCCUCAAGUCCUUAAUUUAAUUAGAUUUCUGUCAUGCCAAAUGCUAGUUGAAUUGAGGUAGAAACUACUUAUAGACUGUUAAGUUAAUUUAAAUUAGUUCAUGGAAGACAUAAUAUGAUUUUUAAAAUAAGUAUGUUUCUUGCUUCAGUAUAUAUUUGGGUUCCUAACUCAUCUGUAUUCAUUCUUAACUCUUCUGUUUUGCUAUUUCUUGAUGGCAAAAAGACCUGAGAAAAGCUCAGUAUUUAUUAGACUCAAGGUUUAGAGACCAGGUGGUUCGUAUCUUAAAGAUUUUUUUUCUUUAUUUAAUAAUAUAUCUUAUUUCAUUGGCUGAUGCUCCAUUAUAUUUAUUUUUUCUAAAGUAAACCCUCUAUAAUAGUUAAGACUAAGAGAGGAUUUUUAGAUUACUUUUUAGGGUAAAUGGAUAUAGAUUUUUUUUUAUCAAAUAUCUGAAAUUCAAAAUGAUUUAAUCUCAUUUCUAGAGAGAGAUGGGUAUAAUCACUGUAGUAGCAAAGCAUGGUCUGCCUGUUUCUACCUGUCUUUGCUCAGAUAUUAUUUAAUGAAUUCAAACUAUAGAUAAUGGUUUAAUCUUUCCUUUGCAGCAGUUAAUAGGAAAGCCAGAAAAUAUAGGUUCAGUAUGAGCUAAAAAAUCACUCCUGGUGUUUCCCCUGGUACAUUGUCUGUGUAUGUAUGUAUAUAGUUUAAAUUGCUUAAUAUAUGAACAGAAAUUAUUGGAAUUUGCCCUGGAAAGAGAAAAGUUUUAUGGUUCUAGUAACGGGUUGAUUGUAUUAAGGACCAAAAGUACUACAAGAUAGCAUGUAAACCUCUUAGGAUUAGAGUUAGCCAGUGACUUUCAGAUUGUGGUUCUCUUAGGCUAUCGUCAUCAUAAUCAACAAGCGCUAGAGUGUUUCACCUAGGCAGGUGCUAGUAUACCUCAUAGUAUGGGAUGGCUCUUGGUUGGCAAUGCCAAAGAACGUGAAGGAUAAAGGAGGGUUUUGACCUGUGAUCUAGGUCACGUCAUAAACACAGAUUAUAAGGAUUGCCUAGAAGGUCUAACCAUUUAUACAUGUAUAUCUAUAUCUACAUACAUAUUUAUAUUUACACACAGUAAUCUGGUUUGUUUUACAUUCUUUGAAUAUGGUUUAAAUGGCCCAUAUGUAGAGAACAUAAAGCAAUAAAUAGCCUAGUUUAAGCUUUGAUUUUACCAAAAUAGCCCUUGAAAAGAUGGUAUCAAGGUAUUUUUAGAUAUAAGUGACUCCCUUGGAUAUUAGUUACUAACUUGGUUUUCUGUGUUUCUAAGAACACUAUCUCUGAAUCUUAAGUACAACGUGAUUUAAGUUUAUAGGGCCUCUGAGUUCAGGUCUUCCCUCGUGGCUCAGAUGAUAGAGAAGCUACCUGCAGUGCAGGAAACCCAGGUUCAGUCCCUGGGUUGAGAAGAUCCCCUGGAAAAAGGAAUGGCUACCCACUGCAGUAUUCUUGAGAAUUCCAUGGCAAAGGAGCCUAGCAGGCUACAGUCCAUGGGAUGUCAAGAGUCGGACAUGUCUGAGCAACUAACAUGAACAAAGUCUGAGUUUAAGAUUAAAAGUAUAAAUAUUCUCUAAGUAAAUUAUACUGACAAAAUCAUAACUGCUGAAUGUGAGCUAACAUUUUUGUUGAACAGUUGAAACCAACACAUUUUGUAUAUACAAUUGUAUCUUUUUUUUUUUUUUCCUGGUGGUAAGUUUUGUUAGUGUAAUCACACAGUCAUCAUAAACUGAGCCAAGACUUUGUCAAACCAGAUGUUGUAGACCAAAACAUCUAAACACGAGCCGAACAUAUGUAAAUGAUUUUAAUUGCUUUUGGGCAAAGGAGACCUAACAAAAUUUUGAUCGGUGUGAUCUUGAGAUUUGUUUAUUCAAAAUUCAAAAGUUUUGAAUAUUUUUCAUUUAAAAAUAUAUUUUGUUCUUUUUGAAUUAGAAGUUAGAUCCCUUAUAAAGAGAGUCCCCCUCUAUACAAAUACAGCCAUUAAGAGCUGGUUAGUAAAAUGAUAAUGUUUAUAUUGAACCCCAGGGUUAGGACAGUCUUUUAUGGCCACUAUACCUGGCAUUUUUCUAAUCACUUAAAUUCACCUACAGAGCAGUAUAAAAUGCAGUAAAUUUUAUUGUCAGCCGUUUCUAUGGAGAGCUAGGCUGGUGCUUCCCAAAUUUUAAUGUGCAUGUAUUAAAUCAGCCAGGAAUACAUUAAAAUGCAGAUUCUGAUAUAGUAGGUCAGGGUGGAGCCUGGGAUUUUCAGUUUCUUUUUUUUUUUUUGGCCAUGCCACACGGCAUGUGGGAUCUUAGUUCCCUGACCAGGGAUUGAACAUAUGCCUCCUGCCUUGGAAGCCCAGAAUCUUAACCACUGGACCACUGAGGAAGUUCUUAAUGCUCAAUUUCUAACAAGCUCUUAGGUGAUAUCAGUGCUCCUGGUUGAAAGACCACACUUCAAGAGCCUAGACUAUAUUUAGCUUCCAUAUUGUCCCUGUUUCUGGUAAAAGGGACAGAACUUAUCCUUGUAAUAAUACCUUCUGCAGGCCAGGCAUUCCCACAUUCCUUAUCUCAUUUAAUCCUCUUAACACAUCCUCUGAAGUAUGUGGUGAUAGCGGUUAAGUGCUGCUAAAGCCCAAACACACAAGCAAUGCAGUAUAGAGCGGUGUUUCUCAAACUUGAAUAACACACAUCCCCUCUUAAUACAGAAAAAUUCUCUUAGCUCCUCAUUUUUUUACUUUAUUUAUUAUAGUGUUAUCUAUGUAUAUAUAAAGUUACAUAUAAUAUAUGCCUUAUGCUUAUAGCUCUUGCACAAAUAUAAAAUCAAAAGUUCACAGAUCAGACACAAACAAUAAAACUAAUGCAAUUUAAAAUAGCAUUGAUUAAGUGUGGUGGAUGCCGGUAUUUUGCCAAGGUGAAGCUGUGAAAUGAUUACGGUACUGAGUACUGUGCCACAGGUUAUGUGUUCAGCAUGCCCCUACUAACUACCACAUGUGUGGUGACUCAGCUCUCCCGCUCUUUGUUCAAACUGUAACACUUCUUUGUGUAGCACAUAGUGGUGGUGGUUGGUCUCCAUGUAGCUUCAGUACAUCAUUCCCCUAUUAAGUUAGUCUCUGUUCUCCAUAAGCUUCCACAACUAAAGCAGAGCCUGGCUUUAACACGCAAGUUAAAUGAUGCAAACCAGGGCUGUGAAACAUAUUUGGCUGUAAGGCAGUUAUCCAGAUAAUUCAGAACAUGAAUAUUGAUUAUUUUUUAGAAGUUCCAUCAACAUGAAAACUGUCUAAUGCUCAUAGUAAACUCCUGAGUCUCUCAUCCUGCAAACAUACACACAGACUCUUAACUCCCCUUUCCCCUCCUCUCUCUCUCCCAACAAGAAUUUUUCAUGGUGGUUAACAGCACUGGUCCUUUGGCUUCUGACAUACCUGGAUUCAGAACUGGGCAUGUUUCUCAGCAUUUUCUGAAUUUCACUGUUUUCAUGUAUUAAACAGGGAUAAUAAUACUGAUUCAAUAACUAAGAGAAAUCUAUGUAAUCAUAUUCAUAAAACAUGCAUAGUAAGUGUUUAUAAGUGGUAGCUACCAUAGCUUUGAUUAGAAGUAAUAAUAAGUAACAUUUGGCGAUUUACUUUGUGCCUCUAAUGUUGCUAAACUCUUGGCAUAUGUUAUCUUACAUACUGAGUUGUAGAUUGUUGUUAUUCUGUCACUAAGUUGCGUUCGACUCUUUGUGUCCACAUAGAUUGCCAGGCUCCCCUGUCCUUCACUAUCUCCCAGAGUUUGCUCAAAUUCAUGUCCAUUGAGUCACUGAUGCUGUCUGACUGUCUCAUCCUCUGCUGCCUUCUCCUUUUGCCUUCAAUCUUUCUUGGCAUCAGAGUCUUUUCCAAAUGAAUCGGCUCUUUGCAUCAGGUGGCCAAAGUAUUGGAGCUUCAAUUGUAGGAUUGGGCUUCAAAUCCAAGUCUGACUGCAAAGUUCAUGCUCUUACAAAAAAUAAUUAAUAUAGAACAUCAACACUAAGUUGCUUAUUUUAAAAGUUAUUUAAUGUUAAAUUGUAUUUUCUCAAAAUUUUUGUUAUAAAAUUAAUGAUAUUUCCCUGAAGGGGGAAUGGCUAAGGCUCCUUUUAAUGAUUGUAUGAUGUGCUAAUCAAAUUGCCAUGUAAUAAAUUUAAGUUUCUUUUAAAGGCUCUCUUGCUAGGUUGUGGUCCAGUGAAGAUACUAGGUCCAUUAGGCUUUACUUGUGCAUUAUUGUUCUCUUGUAUAUUUAAGACCUGUAACUCAUGGUAUUAUAUAACAUGAGAUUCUUAUUGAAUCUCUCUCAACAUCGCUAUUUUGCAGAAAAUAAUUCCCCCUUCCCAUGGUACUAUCCUGGUAUUCCUUGAUAGUCUGAGAAAUAAUACACGAACAUCUUAAUUUUUACCUGUGAGACACAUUUUUAAAAAUUGUCCUAACCAUUCUUUAAAAUAGUUACUACUAGUACAUCUGUCAUUUCCUAGUUUUCUGUUAAAAAAAAAAAAAAAAAACUAGAAUUUUAAAAAACAAACAAACAUAUCUGUUGGCCAGAUGUUUAUUCCUUGCUUUGUUUUGUUUUGCUUUUUUUCUCUAGUCAAGUAUUGGGAGAAUAUACUAGGAGGGAGUUGUAAGAGGAACUCAUUUAUUAACAAAGAUAGUAAGCAUCUGCAUAAACGAUUAGAAUUAGUUGGAGACACAUGAAAUGUGAGGCUGUCGUUGAAUUUUAUCAAAAUCUACCGUAAAAAUACUUCCCUUUAUGCCAUCUUACACAGAAGCAGGAUAAUCUCUGUUGUGGAAAUUAUUGAUUCUUUUUCCAAUCCAGCCUCUUUCCCCCACCCCAUCGGCAAGAUCUUUAAGCUCAGCGAAUGUGUGCCUCUCUGUCCAUGUGAGUUACCGAGGUAAAAGAUGUAUUCUCUGUGUUGCUUCACUGCCUCACCCCAUAUCACAGCAUAAAAAUCUUUCUGUGGCUUCAUAUUACAGAUACGGCCGAGCUCUACACGAUUUUCUCUAUUUUAGCAGUCUGUUAAUUGACUUGGGGUAUGAAUCCUUCCUUAGUUUAUGUUAUUCUUCUCUUUCUUUUAUUAGUUUUAAGACUGGUUCAUUCUACCUUUUCUCUGAUUAUUUGGAUAUAGUGCCUUCUGGUUUUUUGCCUCUUUAAAAUCCAGAUUUGUUCUCUGUAAGUAGGUAUAUAAAGCAUUUGACUAUUUCAUUAUGUCUCCUAGUUCAGAUGUAUCUGACAUUUUCACUCUGAAAUACUGGUUAUGAAUUAUAACAUCAUUGACUUUUUAAACAUAGAUGGGUUAUGUUUUCUAUGACUUUUAUUUCUUGUAGUAAAAGUAGGUUUUUUAAAUUUUAUGUGAAAGGGGAUAUUGGUUCUCAAAGAAUAGAGAACCACUGAACUCUCAUCUUACUGAUGAAGAAGUAGAGGCCCAGGCAGGUUAAGGCAGCCUGGACUCCUCACCAGAUCCUGUGGAUUUCAGAUUGUUUGAAGGUGACCUUGACAUCUAUAGCUGGAGCUCUUUGGUUUAACUGUGUUUGCCCAGCUGCUUGAUUUUCACAUUCCUUCUUAUGUCCUCCAAAGCAGAUUUUAUUUUUAUCAUUUUUUAUUUAUGUUGCACUUGACUUAGCCAAGUUCCAGGGAAGGACCAAGUUCGGGAAUUAACAGCAGAGGUUAUCAGUCAUUCAGGGACUGUGAAAAUAUUUGGGGAUGGGAGAUAAUUGUUCAUUUGAAGUUAUAGGUGUGAGAUUUUAGUUUUUUACCCAGCUAUCCAUUCACUCCCAUUCACUGUCUACCUCUUAAGUAAAAAUUCCUUCUUCCAACAAAAUUGAACAAGAAAGCAGCUUUUAAAGCGUUUGAUUUUGGAAACGCUGAGAAAAUGCCAAUCUGAAUAUGAUAAACUUAUACCACCUAGAGAACUGCACAGACUUUGGCAGUGGUACCCUAUCAAGUACCAGAGCGCACCAAAAUAGGCUCUGUAUUAACAUUGUGGAGGCUCUUGCAGGAGAAACUAAAUUCUUAUCUACGGGCCCAUUUUUCUGUCAUGUAGGUUUUUUUUAAUGUAAAUUUAUUUAUUUUAAUUGGAGGCUAAUUACUUUACAAUAUUGUAUUGGUUUUGCCAUACAUCAACAUGAUGUCAUGUGGUUUUAUAGCAUAGAAAUUCUCUGCUUCUUCCUGAGUCAGUGAGCAAGGUCACAGUACAGAGGAAUGCUAUACUUCUUCCACUCAUUCAGUAAAUGGUUCCUAAGGACCCAUACAUUAAAAUAAUGCUGGCUGCUGUAACAAAUAACAAUGGACGUGCUUAACGGCUUAAACACAUUAGAAAAUGUAUUUCGCACAGAAAGCUUGAAUAGAUAUUACUGGUGAGCAAGCACUCCUAGUCCUGAUUCAGAGACCUGAACUCCUUCAAUUUUGUGGCUCCAUCAUCUUCAAUAUGUGGCUUUCAAAUUGUUAGUUGCUCAGUCAUGUCUGACUCUUUGUGACUCCAUGGCCUAUACAUCCAGCCAGGCUCCUCCAUCCAUGGAGUUUUCCAGGCAAGAAUAGGGAGUGGGUAGCCAUUCCCUUCUCCAGGAGAUCUUCUUGACUCAGGGAUCGAACCCCUGUCUCCUGCAUUGCAGCCAGACUCUUUACCCUCUGAGCCAUCAGGGAAGCCCCAUGGCUUUCAAAGGAUACACACUUUUCCAUUUCAAGCUGGCGGAAGGGGAAGAACACGGAGGACUUGCUGGACCUGGAGGUGACACAUAGCACUUCCAUUCAUAGUCCUCUAUUUAGAACUUAAUCAUUGGCUAUACGGGGGAGCCUGGUGGACUGCCGUCUAUGGGGUCGCACAGAGUCAGACACGACUGAAGCGACUUAGCAGCAGCAGCAGCAGCAUACCUAACAGCAAGGUCAGGAGGUGGGGAAUAUAGACUAACUGGGCCCACGCAGAGAGGCAUAGGAACUUGGUGCCCAGCUUUUGGCAAUAAUCCAAGCAGUCUACUACAUGCUAGAAAAAAUAUAAAAAAUAUGUUCCAACCACAAAGGAAUAAAUCACCCUGCAAUGAAAGAAAUGCUCCACUAGAGAGAUGUCAAACGUCAGAGAAGGGUGUUGGCAAAUGAUCACAAAUUUGCCUGAAACAAAAUCCCAUGGCAUAGCUUAGGACAUAUCUGUAAACUGAAGCUCCUGGUUCAGACCCUCUACACCAAAUGUGCUUGUACUCUAGAGCAGAAAGAAUACGGAGGCAUCCAGAUGCCUCUUACUGCAUCUUAUAAUAUCUUACUACUUCAAUUCUGUGGAUCAAGAGUAUUGACUUCUUAGAAAUGCAUACUCUUCAGGCCUUACCCCAGAACUAUAGAAUCAAAAUGUGCAUCUUAUCAAGGUUCCCCCAGUGAUUGGCAUCCACAUUAAUUUUGAGAGUCAUAUUGUGAUCCUGGCUCUGACACUUAUUAGUGUGACUUUUGCCAUACUGUCCCAACUCUGUCCCUUCCCUUCAUCUGUAGAGUGGGGGGUAAUUGGAUAUCGGGGUAUCUCUCUAGAGAUAAUGUACGCAAAUGUAAAAUAAUACCUGACUGUCAGCAAGCAUUGGAUAUUUUCUUACUCUAAGUAUUAACUUCAAAAAACAACUGUAAAGAGACACAGCUCUUUCAACUGUUAACUCUCUGAACGCAUCCUCUUUCAACCCUUAGAACUUCAGCCCUUUGAAAUGGUGAGAGGUCUUAUAUUCAUACGGUUUAGUGUCCCUUAGAAAUGUGUCAGCUCAGAAAAAAUAAACAUUUCCAAAGUCAGCGAAUGGUGUUUGUCCUAGUAAGCCCUAAUAUAGACAGCAGCCAUGAUCUCAAUCAAUGAAUUUUGUAAACUUUAAAGUAUACAUGGACAUGGUCUACGUACUUGCCAAACCUUGAAAGACGGUAAAUUCUUAAGGAACUUUAGUUAUAUUUAGUAACCUUAGAUUAAUUGAAACAGGAAAAACCAUUUAUUUAUAAAUUAAAUAAUUUACUUCAACUAGAAAAUAACUUGGUUUUCAGCCUUUUAGAAAUUUUUUUUGUAUAAUCUUUGUGCCUCAGUAAGUGUAAUAUAUAUGCAUAUUAAAGUUAAUUUUUGCUUUAUGUAAUGAUUUAGAAAGCAUAUCUAGAUCUUUCAGCACCUUGGGUUUAUCUUUUUAAUACUGUUUCUCUUAAUCCCAUGUGGUUAGUGGUUAUGUGGUUAGAAAUUUAUCAGAGUUAAGGCUGAAUAGGUACUGCUCUAAGAAUACAAUCUGAGACUUAAAAGCAUCUUUAAAGUCAGAUCCUAAUAUCAGCUUAUUUGAUUUUUUUCCUCUUGCUCCUAAGUUACAAUUUUAAAAUUUCAGUUUAAUUAAAUUAUGUUUACUGAUGUUAUGGGUGGCUUACUGUAGUUCAUCAGAUUAUUUAAAAUUAGGAACUAAAUUGAAAGACUAACUAUUAUGGCUUUCACUCAAGGAAAGGAACAAGACAAGAACCACUUGCAUUUUAGUUCAGAUAGGAGCACCUCAGUCUAGAUUUGUAUAUGCCUGUAUACAUUUAGACCUGGCCUCCCAAGUCAUAGAGGAAUCAUCCUUUCCAUCUGACAAGUGAGGUCCAAAAUGUUGCAAGUUGUUUCCUUUGUACAACACUUAAUGCAAGACCAGAACUAAGAGGCACUAACACUUUCCUGUUGAAUCCAUCUUGUGGGUAUGUUGUACAAACCAAUUCAGUUUUGAACCUCAUCUAACCCCCAUGGGACUUACACAAGAAGUGGAAAAAAGGCAAAAAUCCCAUGUUUUAGUCACAAUAGUGAAAAGGCACAGUGCAAAGCCACUCUGCAUCUAGUGUGUGUUUGUUUGUUUUAUCUUUGUGUUUAUAAUUUAUUGUUACAUGUACCAAAAUCAAAUUAUAAUAUAAUUCGUUGUUAUAUUCUUUUUGAAUAUAAAGUCUUUAAUUUCUAUUCUAA